AUGCCAUCUCCAAUUGUGCUCACUCGCUCGGCACCGGCGCGGGCUCUCACCAUCAAAAUGUUUGAUCGGCAGCUGAAAGGUCUACAGCGGUGUCUGGUAGAUGCCCCAUCGUGCGAUUUGCACAAGUUAUGUGCGGAUCAAAUGCUCGACCGGCGCGGUUUCGUCAAGCGUGAUACGCCUGUGGUUCUUGAAGUUGGGGCCCACACGGGUUGGUUCUUCCGACACAUGUUAGAGAAGCAGCAACUCUUUGGUCUUAAACAGUACAUUCAGACGGAUGUUUGCGAGGAGAGACUCAACCGCAACUACGAAGAGAUUAAGCACUUGAUACCCCCAGACGUGGAGUUUGUGCAAAUUUGCUGUGAUGAGGAGGAGCCGAGUCCGUUUGGCAUUCCAGAGCGGACGGUAGAUAUGGUGGUAUCAUGCCUCUCCAUGCAUUGGGUUAACGACCUCGAGACGGCAAUGGUGAAUAUUAGGAAAGUCCUCAAGAAAGACGGCUUUUUGAUGCAUUCCAUGUUCGGUGGCAAUACGCUGUAUGAACUGCGUGGUUGCUUUUCCAUGGCUCAAACAGAAAUCCUUGGCGGCGUGUCGUCGCACAUCUCGCCGAUGAUUGAUGGAGCGGGGCUCUCCACUCUGGUGCUGCAAGCAGGAUUUAAUCUCCCCAGCAUUGAUGUAGACCGCCACCUGCUUCUCUACAAAACACCAUUCCAUUUGAUGGAGCACCUGUCGAGUAUGGGCGAAAGUGCGUGCCAUUAUAUGCGGCGGCCACUCAGCCGCGAUGUCCUGCUCGCAGCCUGUGCCGUGUACGAUGUUAUGUACAAGAAAAAUGAACUAAUCCCGGCAACCUUUGAGGUCUUUCACACGAUUGCAUGGAGUCCAAGUCCGACACAGGCGAAGCCACUGGAGCGGGGAAGCGGCCAAGUGCCGUUAGCCACGUGGAAUUCAAAGAAUAAGAAGCGCUUACAGGAUGUGCUGGAUGAGUUCGCCCAGAACCCCGAUGAUGAAAAGUUGCAGGCGAAAGCGGAAGAGUUGUUUCAGCAGCUGCGCGAGGAGAGCGCGGCCAUGCUUGAAAAGAAGGGUUUGGAUGUCCGAGGUCUCGAUGGUAACCGUGAUGAGGAGGCGCGGGAGCUGGAAAAGCAGAAACCGGAUCCUCCCUUCCAGAAAAAGGAGAGUUAG